AUGGCGGAAACCCAGGAUAUGCCUGUUCCCCGGGCGGAUGAAGCAGUAGCGAAACGAGAUAAAGAUGAUUUGCUGGAUCAUUUGGAUGACCUGCUCGAGCGCUAUCUGCACACAUUGCACGAGUAUCAGCAGGUGAUGCAGCAACUUUCAAAGCAACUAUCUAAUGGCUACAUGUCCCUUGCUCAAGCAAACUUUCACAACUCGUCUUCUGCAAUUCGAUAUGGACAGGACUGCUACGAUGAACGCAUGCAGGCUAUACGAAAAGUUCGCGUCUCGGAGGGGCAAACAAGUGACGUCCCACACUUUUCCGUCCACAAAUCUGAUCCUUCAGAUGAGAACGUAGAUGCUUCUGAUGAUGCGUCCAAAAAGGAAGAUGCCCAAGAAUCAAAGGACGACUCAGAACAUGUUACACCAACAGCACCAGAAUCCAAGCAGGAAGAAGAGCCAAAAACGACAUCAAAGACGGAAGAAUCAAGCCCAGCAUCAGAAGAGACUAAAGAAAAAACAAAGACUACGAAGAAAUCCAAUGAUCCACUGAAAUGGUUCGGCAUUCUCGUUCCACCUGCUCUUCGAACAGCACAAUCUGCAUUCGUAAACGCAGUCGAGGCCCCAAUCCCACAGCUAGCCACACUAGCCCGAGAUAUGCGAAUGCAGGAGAUUGAAAUCGGACGUGUCAGAAAGCAAAUCAAGAAGCUCUAG